AUGAGCCGAGAUGAAAACUUGUGUUGGUUUCAUGGACGGCUAUCUCGCGAGUCUGCGGAAGAAAUAUGCAAAAGUGGCGAGGAGGAUGGUACAUUCCUUGUCCGCGAAAGUAAUACUGCUGCGGGUGAUUUUGUGCUGACCUUGUUACACCAGGGCGAGGUUUGCCAUUAUCAAAUAAGACGUCAUGGGGAGGACGCGUUUUUCUCAAUUGAAGAUAAAGUAAAGAUUUUGCAUGGAUUGGACACAUUGGUUGAAUAUUACCAGCAAUCGGCCAAUGGCUUAGUAACCAAACUCACCAAGUUCAUUCGGAACGAUCCGCCACCGAAUGAAACACGUAGUCAUGGAAAUACCAACUUGCUUCAUCGUGCAGUUAUGAAUAACAAUCAUAUUGUUGUAUCGGAACUCCUGAAGUGUGGCUAUCGAAAUGUGGAUGCCAAAAAUCAAAAUGGGCAAACCGCUAUGCAUCUGGCUGCAUUGUACGGUGAUGAAGCUAUGCUCAAUCUGUUACUAAACGCAGGAGUAAAUGUUAAUUGUAUGGAUACGGAUAAUAACAUGCCACUUCAUUACGCUGCCAGACAUCAGCGUGGCAGCUUUAUACAACUUUUAAUAGCUGCACAUGCCAAUGUUCAGGGUCGCAAUAUUCGAAACGGCUAUGUGCCUUUACAUGAAGCAGCGAAACACGGCAAUUUGGAAGCAGUAAAGGAAUUGUUGGCUGCUAAUGUACCACUUCUGCCUCGUACAUCUAUGGGAGAAUUUCCCAUUGAUUUGGCAAAGGAAGCUAAUCAUGAAAAGGUGGUACAAUAUCUGGAGACAUAUAAAUUGAAACCAGCAAACACAAAUAGAUCACAGUGGUAUCACGGAACUCUAAAUCGGGAAGAAGCAACGGAAGUUUUAAAAACGUUUGCAGCGAAGUUCCAAAUAGAAAAUACUACAACUGAAAACGGAAUUCAAAAUGCUAACGUCGAUGCAUCAGGUUGCUUUCUGGUUCGCUUUUCUGAGAGAAAAACUGCAGGAACUGGUUAUGUAUUAACCCUGCUAUAUGAUAAUGUUGUGAAAAAUUUCAUAAUUUCACAGUCGGUAAGUUCAAAUAAUAUGAAAUAUUCUGAUCUAUAUUUUGUCCAAAAUCAGGAGAAAAUCCAUAUGUUUUCAAAAUUUUUAUACAUUGAUGACGGGCCGUUCUUACCAACAUUAGAGCACUUAGUGGAACAUUUCAUGCGUUUUGCUGAUGGGUUGCCUAUAAAUCUCAAAUAUCCUGUUCUUCCAAAACCAAAACCUCCAUUACCUUUGUUUUCAACAAUGCCACGAACAUCUAAAAAAUCGUCCGAAGCCAUACAAGUGCCACAAUGCUCUACUCAGCAUAUAGCUAAAAGCCCCCCUAUGGAGAAGGAGGCAGCACUACAAUUGCCCCAUAAGAAUUCCCAUACAUUAUCUACCAUACAUCACCACAACAAUACCAAGAAGAAAUCAAAGGAAUCAUCCGUAUUCAGCACGUUGAAAUUGAAAAGUCCCAAAAAGACCAGCAUCUUAGAAAGUAUGAGUACAUUACGAAAAAGUAAGCUGAAACAAAAAUCAAUAUCAUGUGACGACAAACCUCAAGUGCCCUGCAACGAGGAAGAACUCAAACAGGCUGAAACAUUAUUGAAGGACUUGUCCUUUUCGACAGAUUUUGCAAGUUUAAAUUUAAUCAACAAUAACGGUGGUCAAAAUGAAUUGUAUAAUGUUCCCAAAAAUAAUGCAGCAGUUAAUAGUGAUACUCUCACGUCAUCUUUAGAUUCUAAGAUGAAACCUGAAUCUAAAACUGAAGAAGAAGUUGAAUAUUUUACAAAAAGUGAUGUUAUUAUUGAAAGAGAGCGAAAUCAACAAAUUCCAACCGAAAGUCUGUCGCCAAAUGCAAAUGGUUAUAUACCAACAGUAGAUAUUCGCGUCUUUGCCGAACCCUAUAUCGAUGGUGAUAGUUACAUGACUAAAGAUGAACUUGAAGCAUCUGCAGCCGAACUCAGAGAGUUUUCACAUAAUCCAGAACGAUUAGAUUCGUUAAUAUCCACAACAUCCAAUGAAAGUGAAAUGGUGCGAUAUCUAAAUCGACAAACAAGUACAGCAUCUGUAGAAACGUCCAGAGCUAGUUCAAAAGUAAAUUACUUGAUCCCACCUGAUUGUCUUAAACUUGAAUCGAUAAUCGGAGAAGGCGAAUUCGGGUCGGUUUAUCGAGGAUAUCAAAUUCAAAGAAUUGGAGGCGAUAUGAGACGUCGUGAGGUGGCCAUAAAAACAUUGCGUGACGAACACUGUCGGACAAAUAAGCAGGAGUUUUUACGAGAAGCCUCCGUAAUGAUCCGGCUUAAACAUCAUUGCAUUGUUCAGUUAAUAGGAAUAUCGAAAGGCUCCACUUUGAUGAUGGUUCAGGAGUUGGUACCAUUCGGUUCGAUGUUACAUUUCAUAUUGGACCACAAGGAGAAAAUUAAUCCUAACUAUGAACUGAAAUUGUGGGCUUCUCAAAUAGCAUGUGGCAUGCAGUAUUUGGAGAAACAUCACUUUGUUCAUCGCGAUUUAGCAGCUCGAAAUAUUUUGUUAGCAUCAAGAAAUCAAGCCAAAAUAAGUGACUUUGGACUAUCUCGAGCUUUAGGAAAUGACAACGAAUGUUAUCAAGCCAGUCAAGGUGGCAAAUGGCCCAUUAAAUGGUAUGCUCCAGAAAGUUUUAACAAUGGAAUAUUUUCACAUGCCAGCGACGUGUGGUCAUUUGGCGUCACCUUGUGGGAAAUGUUUUCCUUGGGAGAACCUCCUUACGGUGACAUACGUGGCGUGGAUGCAAUUAAAUUGAUUGAGAGUGGUCAGCGUUUGCCUAAACCCCCCCUAUGUCCGGAACACAUUUAUGAAAUAAUGUUAAAUUGUUGGAAUUACAAAGCUAAAGAUCGUCCCACAUUCCGAUAUCUUACAGAAUUUUUUGCGCGUGACCCAGAUUAUCAAAACAUUUUAGAACUAGUUAAAACUGAUCACAUCAGUUGAAG